GUGUGGUUGCGCUGUGAUUGGAAGCAGAGAAGCGUCGAGCAGCGAGCGACCCGUCUGCUUCUCACUGGUGAAGGACUACCUUUCGGCUCUGCCUCUCGCGGGGCUGCUGUACAAAGAUGGCGGGCGAACUGGUGGAAGCGAUGAACAUGGUGAAGAGUUUCCGGGUGUCUGACCUGCAGACGCUGCUGGCCUCCAUGGGCCGCAGUAAGAGCGGUCUAAAGCAUGACCUGGUGGGACGGGCGCUGAGGCUGGUGCAGACAGAGUACAGCCCAGAGCUGCUGAAGAACGUGCGGCAGCUGUACGAGUCACGCUUCCCCAAGGCGUCGGGUUGGCUGGCUGCUCGGCGCCCGGAGGGGGUCCCGGUGGCCUACUCCUCCCUCAGCUCCUCCCCCACAGGCACUCAGGGCACAGACUACCUCAACGGCAUCCCCAAGCUGUCCUCCACACCUGCGGCUGAGGUCAAGCUGGCGUCGCUGCCCUUCUACCAAACUCUGGAGACGCUGUUGCCACCAACAGAGCUAAUUGCCCAGAACAGUGAGAAACUGCAGGACAGUCAAUGCAUAUUUGAAUUAACACAGAGCCAAGCGGACCAAGUCAGAAACUCAACUGAGCUUCGACCAGGAAUGAAGGCAAUCCAGGUGGUUCUUAGAAUCUGUUAUACAGACUCCAUCGGUGUCCAGGAAGAUCAGUACCCUCCCAAUAUUGCUGUCAAAGUCAACCAGUCCUACUGUCAUGUACCAGGUUACUAUCCGUCUAAUAAGCCAGGUGUGGAACCGCGUCGUCCCUGUCGCCCAGUCAACAUCACACCCUGGUUACACCUCUCCACUGCCACCAACCGGGCCACUGUCACAUGGGGCAACUUCGGCAAGCGCUACUCGGUGGCAGUGUAUUUAGUGCGGGUCUUCACAUCAGCAGAGCUCUUCAGCCAACUUAAACACUGCUCAGUGGAGAGUGCAGAACGCUGUCGGGAACGCAUCCAGGACAAGCUACGCUUUGAUCCAGAGAACGAGAUCGCCACCACAGGGCUACGGGUGUCCCUCAUCUGUCCUCUAGUGAAGAUGCGGAUAGGAGUGCCGUGUCGGGUGCUCACCUGUGCCCACUUGCAGUGUUUCGAUGCCAUCUACUUCCUGCAAAUGAAUGAGAAGAAGCCCACGUGGACCUGCCCCGUGUGUGACAAACAGGCUCCCUUUGAGCUGCUCACCAUUGAUGGGCUGGCAUCUGAGAUCUUAAAGGAGACCCAUGAGGACAUUGAGGAGAUUGAAUAUCUGACUGACGGUUCAUGGAGAGCCAUUCGAGAUGAGAAGGAGAGGGAGAGGGAACGGAGCAACACUCCCGACUAUCCUGUAGUGGAUAUAUGUGUUCCUGAGGCGAACGGCCACUCCCCAGCCCACAGCAGCACCAGCCAGACAGGGAAGUCAGGAGCAGGGUCCACGGCAGGGGGAACGGGCGGAGGAGUGGUGGUAGAUCUGACUCUGGACUCAGAGGAGGAGGGGGGAGGGGCUAGAGGAGACAGCGACGACACUGAGGACAGCCAGGACAGCCCCGCCCCCAAGAGGGGCCGAUACGACUAUGACAAGGACCUGGUCACUGCCUACUGACUGGCGGAUUGACCCCACAAACUGAGAGAGAGGGUUGGGCUUGAUUGGAGGACAGGAAAUCAUUAGUCCCUUCUGCAUCCCCUGCCCGCCCGCCUGCCCCCACUUCUCUGGCGUUUAUCCACACACAGACACACUCUCAUACAUGCACUGUCAUCCUCUGGAGUGGUUAGGCUUCAUCUAUACACCACUGGAAACAACUGCUCCCUAACACUUGUGGCUCACCUCUCCCAGCAUUCUGUAUCCUCCCUCCUUAGAGACAAUUUAAAAUGAUAACCUCUCAAACUAUUCCCCCUCCAUCUCCUUGUACUUUGUAUUUGACUUGAAUUUAAGGCUCUCAAAGCCACAAGCAUUUGGUGUUUCGCCACUUUUUGUGAUCGCAGGCAAUGGGAGAUAUGGAGCAUCAUCGUUGUUCAGUCGUAAGAGGUCAAGAUAACCUAUAUGAAGAAUUUGUGACUCGAGUCACAGACUAGAUCUUUCUGGAAUAUGAUGAAAUUGAACACCCCAACUUUCUUUCUUGUUUAAUUCAUUCAGACAAUGAAGACAAAGCAAAUGGGCUCUAACAGUAUUUCAAAUGGUUUAAGUCAGAAAAUCCCUAAAAAUUAUUGGUUUGAUACUUCCCCCAUUUAAUUUUGUCCUCAGAUGAUGACAACCUACCUCAGUCAUACAGAGAGAGUAGCACCUGAACUAUGGUUGCUAUAGAAUUUUAACAAGAGGGUCUACUUUUUCUUUUUUCGCUCGCAUCACUUAAAAAUAAAGAAAUCCAUUAAACAUUUUAUACAACUUGUACGGCCCAAAUAGGGAAUAGGUUAUGGGAAGCAGAGUCAUGUUCAUUAGGGCACAAUAGCAACAUGUUUUUUUUUUUUAAUGUUUUGUAAUGGAAAACGAGUACUUCCCUGUUUGAGUGUUUUUGUUUUGUGCUGAAUAUGACCCAGGAGUGCUGUAUCUUUGAGAAGUUCUUGUAAGUACUCCCCACUGCAUUGAAAUAUAUACGAUUUCAGUUGGUGUCUGAAUAGCUACACAGUAUGACAAGCAAUUGUCAUAGUGGCGGGUAAGCAGAGACCAGCAGUUAUCGUUUGAGGUUUUGGAACAUAAUCUUUUCAGAUUCUGUCCAAUGUUCUGUGUUGCCAGUGUUGUUCAUAUUGAUCAAGGAAACUAAUACAGCAUGGAUUAUUUUCACCUGCCCAUUUAUUGUCAGUUAACCGUUGGAUAGUCUGAGACUAAACACUGCUGCAUUCAACCUUCUUCCCCCUAAAUCAUGACAGCUUUACAGUGUUUUGAACCAGAUGAAUUUUUCUUUCAGUUUCUUAAAUUUGUUCAUUAAAAAAAAAAUGAUUGAACAAGG